CCUAUACGGUACUAGACUCGCUCUUUUUUUCCAUGUUUCAUGUUCUGCACUCGCUUGUGCCUUUGUUUUUUUCAUAUCUGUGUAUUUCUGUGCUUGCUCGUGCUCAUCCGCACACGUCUGCACUCAUUUUCGCUCGUUUUCACAUGUCUGCACUCGGUUUCACACCCAUUCUCACUUGUGUGUGGGAAGGAGGUGUAAGGGGUGCUACUCCGUUGACGAUGGAAUUCCCUUUGUUCCGCUUUGAUGAACCGCUCGCUUAGAUAUAAAGGCAUGCCCUUGCUUUCCGUAUCUUUAGUGAAUUAACUCCCACUCACUCAUCACUCAUGAUCCAUCAAUUCCCGUCGAACUCAUUACCAGCCUUACACACACCCCUGCAGAAGUUCAAAGGCCAUGAAAAAAGCAUAAGCGCAGUCGUAGUUUUCCCCGAUAAACGACGGAUGGUUACGGGCUCAAACGACAAGACGCUUCGUCUGUGGGACCUGAAGACAGGUGUUAUGUUGAAGAAGAUGGAGGGACAUCGCAAUCGGGUGUGGAAAUUGGUGGUAUCACAAGAUGGGCAAUUGAUAGCAAGCG